AUGAGAUUUCUUAUUACACACAAUCCAACCAAUGCAACCUUAAACAAAGUUAUAGAGGACCGGCCUUUUGAUGAUGGUACACCACCAUCCCACCAGAUUGUUGAAGACUGGUUAAGUCUUGUGAAGAUUAAGUUUCAUGAAGAACCUGGUUGCUGUAUUGCUGUCCAUUGUCUCUGGCCGGUGCUGGUUGCUCUAGCAUUAAUUGAAGGUGGAAUGAAAUAUGAAAAUGCAGUACAAUUCAUAAGACAAAAGCAGUGUGGUGCUUUUAACAGCAAGCAACUUUUGUAUCUGGAGAAGUACCGUCCAAAUAUGCAGCUCAGCUUCAAGGAUUCCCAAUGGUCAUAG